AUGUAUCAAUUAUUAUGGAUAGUUUUCUUACUAAUUGUAACUUGUCAAGCCAACUAUAUCAAUCAGUUUGCUGUACAUAUUAAAGGAGGUAGAGAAGGAUUAAACAGAGUGUUAAGAUCUACAGGAUUAAUCAACAAGGGACAGAUUGGAAGUAUAGAUGAUCAUUAUUUCCUUGAAAUCCCCAAUAGACAACGUCGUUCUGCUACACACAGUCCAGAACAUCAUGCCUUAUUAUCCAAUCAUCAAGACGUUCACUGGUUUGAACAACAAGUUCACAAACCCCGGUAUAAACGUGAUUUAAUCAAACCUAAUCCCAAUGCUGAUGAAUUUAAUGAUUCCUUGUAUGGUGCUCAGUGGUAUUUGCAUGGUGGUGGUAGAGGAGGAUUUGAUAUGAAUGUAAUACCAGCAUGGCAGAAAGGAUACUCUGGACGCAAUGUAGUUAUUACUAUUUUAGAUGAUGGUAUUGAACGCAAUCAUCCUGAUUUACAACAGAACUAUGAUCCGUAUGCAAGUUAUGAUGUUAAUGAUCAUGAUAAUGACCCGAUGCCAAGAUAUGACCCUACAGAUGAAAACAGACAUGGUACAAGAUGUGCUGGAGAAGUAUCAGCUGUAGCUAAUAAUACAGUUUGUGGUGUUGGUAUAGCUUUUAACUCUAAAAUAGGAGGUGUACGUAUGUUAGAUGGAGAAGUAUAUGAUGCUGUAGAAGCAGCCUCACUAAGUUUUAAUAGUACCCAUAUUGAUAUCUAUAGUGCUAGCUGGGGACCUGAUGAUGAUGGUAGAGUAGUAGAUGGACCAGGUCCACUAGCUAAGAAAGCUUUCAUUAAUGGAAUUGCUAAGGGUCGACAAGGAAAGGGAUCUAUCUAUGUAUGGGCUAGUGGUAAUGGUGGGAAUGCUCAAGAUUCAUGUAAUUGUGAUGGAUACACUAAUAGUGUUUAUACAUUAUCAAUAAGUAGUACAUCAGAACAUGGUUCUAAACCUUGGUAUUUAGAGGAAUGUUCUUCAACUCUAGCUUCAACUUAUAGUAGUGGUUCCUAUAGUGAAAAACAAAUAGUUACUGUUGAUUUACAUGGUCGAUGUACAGAAACACAUACUGGUACAUCAGCUUCAGCACCAUUAGCUGCUGGUGUUGUAGCUUUAGUAUUAGAGGCCAACCCCUCUCUAACAUGGCGAGAUGUACAGUAUAUAACAUUAAUGACAGCUAAUCCUAAACCUAUGGUUGAUGGUAAUUGGAUUGUUAAUGGUAUGGGUAGAAAAGUUAGUACAAGAUAUGGAUAUGGUUUAAUGGAUGCGUCUGCUAUGGUAGAUUUAGCUGAAGUGUGGACUAAUGUACCUGAACAACAUAUUUGUGAAGUAUUUGCCAGUGCUAACAACAUUCAACUAGAUGGUAGUAAAUUUGUAGGAUAUAUAGAUACUAAAGCUUGUGAUGGUUUACCUAACAAUGUCAACCAUUUAGAACAUGUACAAGUCAAAAUAUCUUUACAUCAUAAAAAACGAGGUGAUGUCAUCAUUCAUAUUAAAUCACCAAUGGGAACCAAGUCAUUGAUGUUACCAAGGAGACCAAAUGACAGACAGGAAGGAGAGUUUAAAAGCUGGCCAUUUUUAUCAGUCCACUUUUGGGGCGAAAACCCAACCGGAAUUUGGACUCUAGAAAUUGAAGAUGCUAAAACUUACAAUCCCCAUGGCUCAACUGGAGGUGUGUUGAAAUCCUGGUCCAUUAUAUUACAUGGUACUGAAAAAGAACCAGUGAAUCUGAAAAAUGGAACUCCAGUAGUUGCACCUGUUACUACUGUUGCUUCAACUACCAAGCAAACAUCUUACACUGGACCACCGACAUCACCAACACCGGUCAUCUGUCAUUCAGAAUGUAAAGGAAAUUGUACAGGUCCUAAACCAACAGAGUGUAUUGAUUGUAAAAGUGUUAGAAUAGGUUCUACUGGGGAAUGUGUGAAAUCGUGUGAUGAUGGUUACUAUCAAAAUUCUGAUCUAUGUUUGAAUUGUCAUGAUACAUGUAAAACUUGUAGUGGUCCUACAUCAUCUGAAUGUAUUACCUGUCCUACUAAUAGAUAUUUUACUGAAAAACAUCAUAUUUGUGUAGAAGAAUGUUUACCUGGCUAUUACAAUGUGGAAGGUAAUUGUCUGCGGUGUUCUAAACAUUGUAAAGAAUGUACAGAAAAAGAUCAGUGUACAGCCUGUGUCAAGAACAUGGAAUUAUUUGGUACCAAAUGUGUCCGAGCUGGUUCCAAACCUCAUAUACUUAUACCUGAUUCUAUGCAAGGAAUAGUACUUGCAUUAGUUAUAUUAUGUGUCUUCCUAUUAUGUUUUGUUAUAAUGAUAGUAUUUUUUAUGUAUGCUAGGAAUAAGAAUUUAUUUUGUUGGUCUUAUAGUUAUGAUAAAUUACCUUGUUCCGAUGAUGGGGUAAUGCCUGUUAGUAAAAGUGAUUAUUAUGAUGAAGAUGAUAUCUCCGCUUAA